AUGGCAACCUCGUCGACGCCUGCAGUCAAUUUACCAGAAUGGAUGACAAAAGAGUAUUUCGUAGACGCCAUAGCUACCAAACUGGAUCUCUCAUCAAACUCAUUUACAAUUACCGACCUGGAUGUACGACCUGCGACGGAGUCGGGCGAUAAUUACGCAUCUAUUCUAUAUCGCGUUCGUGUAACCGUGCUGGUUCAAGACACCGGAGCCCAAACGGACGUGUCACUAAUCGUGAAGGCACUCCCAAAUCUUGGCCUGUCCGAGGAAAUGAUACAACAGAUGAACCUUUUCCCGAAAGAGAUGGCCAUGUACACGAAGAUAUUGCCCGCGUUUGAGAAGCUGUACCAUGAGCGUGGACGGGAGGAUGUGGUUUUUGGGCCACGAUGCCUUAAGCAUAGCACCUCUCCAACCGACGUGAUCGUACUGGAGGACUUACGAGAACGACAGUACACGAUGGCCAACCGCCGACAGGGUAUGGACAUGAAUCAUACGCGAUUGGUGCUACGACGCUUAGCUAUGUUCCAUGCAGCGUCCGCUGUUCACUAUCAGCGAUACGGUUCGUUUGGGGAACUGUUUAGAGAAGGCAUGUUUGCCGAAAAAGGACGAGCGAUGAACGAACACUUCCAGAAAGGGCAAGCCGAUUUUAUGUACAAGUUAAUGAGUGAAAGAUCGGAAGAGGAGAAGGCGUUCGCAGAAUAUAUGAGACACUGGGGCAUGGAUUUAUUUGAUGCACUUUUACGCAUAACUCAGGCCGACCCGACAAAGUUCAAUGUACUUAACCACGGUGAUAUGUGGUGCAAUAACAUGUUGUUUCAUUACAACGCCGAUCAGCAAGUUGAUGAUAUCGUACUGAUUGACUUUCAGCUUGGGGUUUAUAGUUCACCGGCAAUCGAUCUGCUUUACUUCAUGUUUACCUCGGUCAAUGGAGAUGAUCGGCUUCCUCAGAUGAAUUACAUGAUUCAAUAUUAUCACGAACAUCUUGUUGAAAAUCUUACCUUCCUCGGAUAUGAAGCUGAGCUGCCGUUGCUCAAAGACUUGCACUCGGAUGUUAUUGCGCACUCCCUGUUUGGGUUUACGAUGUGUUUCGCCAUCUUGCCCAUCUGUUUGAUGGAGAAAACUGACGACGCUUCGAUGGAUCUAAUGUUGGGUCAGGAUGAAGCAGGCAUAGCCUUCAAGGUGAAAAUGUAUACAAAUCCCGCCUACGUCAAGCAAAUGAAAGAUAUAUCGGAAUACUUCUUCAACAUGGGAGCAUUUGAUGUUCUGCAGAUUGGUACGCAACGGGCCGCUCGCAUUGAAUGUGCCUUAUCACUACAAUUACCGCUCUGGUUAGAUCUGGAGUUUAUCGAGCACAUUGUAGAUGCAAAGUUUGGCACUAGUACCACGGGUAAACGAGUCGUUCGGAAUGUCUACGUUGAGAAUGCCACGAAAAAGAGUGAUGCCUUUGCUGCUGCCAUGUACUCCGUAAAGGUUGAACUUUUCUGGACAUUGGCGGGUACCGAGGAAACGUUAUCACUCGUCAUCAAAGCCCCACCAAAAGGAAACGCGGCAAUAUAUGCACAAACCAAGAAAAGGUACGUGAGAGAACGUUUAAUGUAUGAGGAAUUUAUCCCGGCUUUUGAGACGCUCUACCAGAACAAAGGAGUGACCGUGAAGCUCGGUCCCAGUUACUACAAACCACGAUACGGACUGCCAGUGGAGGUGAUCGUCUUGGAAGAUCUAGCCCGUAGUGGAUUCUUGCUAGCCCGAGGACAAGACGGACUGGAUCAAGCCCAUGCCGAAGUUGUGCUUGAACAUUUAGCCAAGUUCCACGCAGCAUCAGCCGUCUACUGUGAAAAUAGCGAAUCCCUCCCUAAAGAGCUAACUGACGCUUUCACGGAUUGUGCAGUAGCGAGAGACGCCGAUAAGAAGUUUGCGACCUCACUGGACAACUUGUUGACGCACAUGAAACGGUGGGAGUUUGCUGUCGACUUCGUAGAUGAACUGGAAGCUGUAUCUCGGCAGAUAUGUACGCUGUUGGUUGAAACUUAUGCCGUCGAUUCCAAAUCAUUCAACGUACUGACUCACGGGGAUGCGUGGUUGAACAACAUCCUGUUUUCGUACGACACCGAUAUUCCAACGCAAGUGGCUAUGAUCGAUUAUCAGUCCGCUUCCUGGGGUAGUCCGGUGCUCGACCUGAUUCACUUUUUGUUCUCCUCCGUGGAUGCGAAUGUAAAGCUUUCGAAACAAGCAUAUUUCCUGCGCUACUACCAGGAACGGUUGGUACAAAAUCUAUUGCUGCUCGGAUACAAGAAGCCACUUCCUACGCUACUGCAGCUUCAUGUUGAUUUCAACCAUCGUUUAAGUGUCGCAAUCAAAAGUAGUAUGAUCGAUCUACCAUACGCUUUGGUAGAUCGCAGUGACAACGCUACAGAGAAAGCUACCGGGGAACUGAAGGAAACAGGACUAACGUUCGAGCAGGUGCUCUACGACAACGAUCGCUUCAAGGAACAAAUGAAAACCCUUUUGCCCUAUUUUCGAUCUCGAGGAGUGCUGACACCGCUUGCUGCCAACUGCAGGAAGCAAUAA